CAGAGACAGACUGACAGAGGUUUCCGUCUCAGGGCUGCGGGAAACUACCCUCUGAAAGAGAGAGAGAGAGAGAGAGAGAGAGAGAAAGAGAGAGAGGGAGACAGAGAGAGCGCAAAUCAUUCCGGACGGCAAAGCCUCGAAAGACUGACGAGGGGCUCAGGACGCUUUACUCGAAGUGCCAGCCAGUUUGUUGAUUUACAGAGACCCGUUUUUGCAUUUUAGCAUCGAAAAAAAAGGCCUCCGGAGAUGGGCGACAAGGCGGGGACCAGAGUCUUCAAAAAGUCCAGCCCCAACUGCAAGCUCACGGUAUAUCUGGGGAAGCGGGACUUUGUGGAUCAUCUAGAUCACGUGGACCCAGUUGAUGGAGUACUUUUGAUUGACCCAGAAUACCUUAAAGACAGAAAAGUGUUUGUGACCCUGACAUGUGCCUUCCGUUAUGGCCGUGAGGACCUGGAUGUGCUUGGCCUGUCUUUCAGAAAGGAUCUGUACAUCUCAACUUUCCAGGCUUUCCCUCCACUGCCUGAGGAGCGCAAACCACUGAGCCGCCUCCAAGAGCGACUGCUCAAAAAGCUCGGGCAGCACGCACACCCCUUCAACUUCACUAUUCCUCAGAAUCUCCCCUGCUCAGUCACUUUACAGCCAGGACCAGAGGACACGGGCAAGGCUUGUGGCGUAGACUUUGAGAUCAGAGCUUUCUGUGCCAAAUCUGUGGAGGAGAAGAUUCACAAAAGGAACUCAGUGAGGCUGGUAAUCCGCAAAGUUCAGUAUGCUCCGGAGAAGCCAGGGCCGCAGCCCAUGGUGGAGACCACACGCAGCUUCCUCAUGUCUGACCGCUCCCUACACUUGGAGGCCUCGCUUGACAAAGAGCUCUAUUACCAUGGAGAACCCAUCAGUGUCAACGUCCAUGUCACCAACAACUCCACCAAAACUGUCAAACGAGUUAAAAUAUCAGUGCGACAGUAUGCUGAUAUCUGUCUGUUCAGUACUGCGCAGUACAAAUGCCCUGUGGCUCAGGUAGAGGCCGAUGAUCAAGUGUCACCCAGCUCCACAUUCUGUAAGGUGUAUACACUCACCCCCACACUGAACAACAACAGAGAGAAGAGAGGUCUGGCCCUGGAUGGCAAACUCAAGCACGAGGAUACUAACCUGGCCUCCAGCACCAUUGUGAAGGAUGUGUCCAAUAAAGAGGUUCUGGGCAUCCUGGUGUCUUAUAGAGUCAAAGUGAAGCUUGUGGUGUCUCGUGGAGGGGAUGUGUCUGUGGAGCUACCCUUUGUCCUGAUGCACCCCAAGCCCUCUGAACAGCCCAGCUCAAGACCACAGUCAGUUGUGCCAGAGACGGACGCCCCUGUGGACACCAACCUGAUAGAGUUUGAGACAAAUAAUUUUUCUCAGGACGAUGACUUUGUGUUUGAGGACUUUGCGCGGCUGAGGCUGAAGGGGAUGAAGGACGAUAAGGACGAGGAUGACCACUUCUGCUAACCCUUCUCUGCCCCCCCACACAGCUGGUCAUGGGAGUGUGGGGCUGGAGUUUGACUGGAGGGGCUCCACAUGUCAGUACUACUACACCGCUGUCCCACUGGGCCAACCUGACAGAGUGGGACACUCACUGAGUUUUCACACCCUCUCUUCUUUUCUCUCUCCUCUCUUUUUUUGUCUUUCUCUUGCCCUUCCCCUUCUCCUCCAUCUCCUUCGCAUCUGUGAUGCUGCUGUCUAUGGACUUUUUCUUUUUUGUGAGCUACUUUGUUCUAGUGCAUGUAUGUUAGACAAGACAGAAAAUGAAACAGAGUGAGAAAUGAAGAGAAAGAGGUGAAUUGGAAUGAAAGUUGUCUGACCAUCAUGGUCUAGGAAAUGUCCUUGGACAGAGGGUCCAUUAAUUCAGGGGUGAUUUUUUUUCUUUUUUUUCUUUCUAUUUCCUCAUUUGUUUCCCACUGUAAACUGAGUGGGCAUUAAUAGCUUUGUAAUAAUGUUAACAUAAUGUGUAAUAUGUAACUUCAGUGUAGAAUGAUGACAUGUACCACAGAUACAUAUAGGGAACUCAAGCUGCAGAUAAUUUUAUUCUUUUGUCAAAUCCAGUGUAAGUCUUAUAGACCACCAAAAGACUUCUUUGCUCCAUAGUUUUAUUUUACAGUUGUGUACACAUGUAUACAUAUCGCAAGAUAAUAUGGACGGGUAUGACUAUUCAGUGCCCUUUAUAGAUUUAAUAGAGCACUCAACAGUCAGGUUAAGUAAAGUGUGGCACUGGUGAAUAAUAAUUGUUGUCAAAGUGCAUUGGACCACGAAACACCUGAUGUAUUAUUGUCAUGUAGUUGCUCCAUUCGUUUGAGAUGUAUGUAGAAUGUGUGUCCUUAGUGUGGAUUGAGUUGUUCGAGUGACCAGGGGUCUGUCUGCAGAUGCCUGUUGCUACUGUAUAUGCUGCACAUCUAACUCACCAUUUGGAGCGGCUGUGGUGAAGCUUUCUUAAUUUAAAUUAAUUUGCCAAAAACUAACGACUUACUUGCUUAGUUGAAUUCACUGAAAAAUUUUAGCGGAAGUUUGAAUUCCAGAAAGAUACAUUUUUAACUGAAAGUAAAAGUUUUAACUGAAAGUAAUUUUCAGGUGUUGUUUGUCAUAAUUUCCAAGAAAUUGGCUCACUCGCCCCGGAUCAGGCUUUUCAGUUUAAGCUGCUUUCCGUUUUUCCAUAUUUAUUAGUGCCAAUCUUCCUAAUCUCUACACAGUACAAAAUUCCAGGUUUAAUCUAUACAGUCCAGCAAACCUGUCCAAGGAAUAUUUAACCUACUGAUUUGCAUCUGGGCUAUAAGCACUUUUAUUUACGUUGGGAGUCUGCUGUCAGCUCAUGUCAGUGCGCAUCAUAUUGACACAAAAUAUUGACUCUACUCUGCCCCCUGGUGUCAAUAUGAAAUGCUUUACUGCAGGCUGCCAUAUUUUUCAUGCUUUAAUGCGAUAUAAAUGGUUCUGUCCUCAUUCUAGCAGAGACUAUUAAUUGGUAAUUGAUUGAUUUGCCUUUUAUAAUCACUUGUCUUUUAAUGUAUUUUAAAUAGAGCUUGCUGAAAUAUUGUCCACAUUACACAUUUUCUGUUGCUAAAAAAAUAUACGUUUUGAAAUGACCACUGUAGGCAAACCAGGUUAACUUCACACAACUAUAGACUAGUAUCUAGUGCUGUGCUGCUUUGCCAUAGCUGGCUGUACUUUUGUAUGUCACUUUCACAUUUUCAAGUUCCCCUAAACAAAAAGGAUUGUCAGGGGUGGGAUGGGUUAAGGGCACUUCUGAGGAAAUACUUCUGAACUUACCACUUAUAGUCAUUCUAUUAUUGUAAUCACAUGACGAAAAUUAACAAAUAUUGCUGUUAUCUUUGUUUAUUUCUAUGUUUUAUUUUCAUCAAAGGUUAUGAAUGAAAUGUUUGAAUGAACUAACCAGAAAUUCUAUGCUGUAUUCUGAUACGCUGUAUAUUAUUACCUUUAUUUUUAAAUAUUAUUCAACGGCUGUUGUUAAAAGUCUGAUGGUGUACAUGCAUUAAGGUCAGCAGACAAACCCGGGUCCUUAUGGACCACAUGAAGUAGUGGUUUUACCUUCAGACUGGUUCUGCUGUCUGAUGCAUUUCAGUCACUUGCUAGCACAGCCAUCAACACCGUUUAUAGUAAAGUAUUCCAGAUGUUUAUGUACAUAGAUGCACACAAAUCUAACCUGCUAUUGGAAUAUUAUCACAGAUGUUUGACACCCUUUAGUUUAUGUGAACAACCUACACAACAUGUGAACAAUCUCAUUAAUAAAAGAACAGCUUUGAAGGACUCGUGUUUUACAGAUUGGAAGCUGGUGGACUAUACAAUAGGAGUGGGAAAAGUGAGCUCUUGGCAAGUUUACCUAAUCGGAGCUCUAAAGUCCUGCUGAAGUUCUUUUUUUAGAUCUCAAGAACAUUCAUGAAUAUAAAGAAGUAAUGGUCAAAAAUCAGCUCUAGACUAGGAAAAGAUCACAUUGCAUUAUGUCACACAAUGCCGUCGAAUAAAUGAUCAGCUGAAUUUA